UUUUUUUUUAUUAAAAAUUAGUGCAGCUUUUAGCUGAGCGAAAUUCUUGUGCAGAUUAAACAAAACUCCUAGAAAAAUAUGGCUAGCCGUGAAGCAGUAAAAAGGGCUGUACAACAAGUACGUCCAAUUCUAUCCGUGGAUCGUGAGGAGGCUCGCAAACGUGCUUUAAAUUUGUACAAAGCCUGGUAUCGCCAGAUUCCAUAUAUUGUUAUGGACUAUGAUAUUCCCAUGUCGAUUGAACAAUGUCGUUCCAAAUUGAGGGAUGAAUAUGUUAAGCAUCGCAACGUGACCGAUGUUCGUGUCAUUGAUAUGUUGGUCAUUAAGGGUCAAAUGGAACUCAAAGAAACAAUUGAAAUCUGGAAACAAAAGGGUCACAUUAUGCGCUACUGGAAAGAAUCACAAGAUCCCAAACCAACAGAUUUCCUUUCCAAAUUUGUGCAAGGUAUCAACUAAACCAUUUCAAAAAAAUAGUCUAAUUAUCAAUAACCAAUAAAAAAAAUGAGUGUUAUCAAAUGAAUAAAAUGUAAAAACACUACGAUUUAAUCAUUCAA